GGAGGCGACCGCAGACUACCCACCCAGAAGAAGGCCGUCCAUGUCAAAGAUGAGAUGAGCUCAACAACCCUGGUUUGUCUCUGCUGAGAGCCGCGUAGUCGCUGCUCCUGCGCAUGGUGAUCACAGCCACUUAAGAUCUUCCGGAGGACGACCGCUCAACAUUGUCUGAAAGCGAUAAUACCGAAGAUGAGAGUCCUUUCCCUCCUGCUGUUAUUCCUAUGGGAAGCCCAGAGCCACUCAGCACCAAGGCCGAACAUCGUGCUGGUCAUGGCCGACGACCUCGGCAUCGGAGAUCCGGGAUGCUAUGGGAACAAGACGCUCAGGACUCCCAAUAUUGACCGGUUGGCCAGUGAAGGAGCAAAACUCACUCAGCACUUGGCAGCAUCACCCCUGUGCACACCAAGCAGGGCAGCCUUCAUGACCGGCCGGUACCCCGUGCGAUCAGGAAUGGCAUCUUGGUACCGAAGUGGAGUCUUCAUCUUCACAGCCUCUUCUGGAGGACUUCCCUCUAAUGAGAUUACGUUUGCCAAGCUUCUGAAGAAUCAAGGCUAUUCAACAGCACUAAUAGGGAAGUGGCACCUCGGGAUGAACUGUCACAACAAGACUGAUUUUUGUCACCACCCAUUACGUCAUGGCUUUGACUACUUCUACGGGCUGACCGUGACAAACCUGAGAGACUGCAAGCCAGGGGAGGGCACCGUCUUCACCAUGGCCUUCAGGAAGCUGGUCUUCAUCCCCCUGCAGAUCCUUGGGGUCACCGUCCUCACCCUAGCCGUACUCAACUGCCUGGGGCUGCUCCGUGUGCCUCACAGCGUCUUCUUCUGCCUUCUCCUCCUGGCGGGCAUGAUCCUAGUCCUCUUCCUGUGCUUCCUUCACUACUUUCGGCCCCUGAACUGCUUCCUGAUGAGGGACUACGAGAUCACCCAGCAGCCCAUGUCCUACGACAAUCUCACCCAAAGGCUGACGGCAGAAGCCACCCACUUCAUUCACAGGAACACUGAGAGGCCAUUCCUGCUUUUCUUGUCUUACCUCCAUGUGCACACGGCCCUCUUCUCCAACCGGGACUUCGCCGGCAAAAGUCGACACGGCGCGUACGGGGAUGCUGCCGAGGAGAUGGACUGGAGCGUGGGGCAGAUCUUGAAUGUUCUAGAUGAGCUGAGAUUGGCGAACAAUACCCUUGUCUACUUCACAUCAGACCACGGAGCCCACGUAGAAGAAGUGAACAUCAAAGGAGAAGUUCACGGCGGAAGUAACGGGAUCUAUAAAGGAGGAAAAUCCAACAAUUGGGAAGGAGGUAUUCGGGUUCCAGGCAUCCUCCGAUGGCCCGGCGUGAUACAGGCUGGUCAAGAUAUUGACGCGCCAACUAGCAACAUGGACAUCUUCCCCACGGUGGCCAGACUUGCUGGAUCACCGCUGCCUGAGGACAGGAUCAUCGAUGGACGUGAUCUGAUGCCUCUGCUCCAGAGGAAAAGCCAACUCUCUGACCACGAAUUUCUCUUCCACUAUUGCAAUGCCUACUUAAACGCCGUGCGCUGGCACCCGCGAAACAGCACGUCCAUCUGGAAAGCCUUUUUCUUCACCCCCAAGUUCAGCCCCGCAGGCUCCAACGGGUGCUUCUCCACGCACGUGUGCUUCUGUUUCGGGAAAUUCGUUACACGUCACGACCCACCUCUGCUGUUCGACAUUUCCAAAGACCCAAGCGAGAGAAACCCACUAACCCCAACCACCGAGCCCCGGUUCCAUGAGAUCCUCAAAGUCAUGCAGGCAGCUGCGGACGAGCACACCCGGAGCCUGUCAGAGGUCCCCAAUCAAUUGUCACUGGGGAACCAAUUGUGGAAGCCCUGGCUGCAGCUCUGCUGUCCUUCCUCCGGCCUAUCUUGCCAGUGCGACAGAGAAAAACAGGACGCGCUAGUGAGCCGUUAGCCAUGUCUGUGGGCCAGAUGGAUGCGUGUGGACAGGCGCACCAUCUGCUUACGGACCACGUCUGGGAGUGCACUGGGUGAAGCGAACCCCGUCCGAGUCUUGGGUUUGGACCGAUUCUCUGUUUUGUCACCUGAAGGCUUGAACAAGAGCUCUACAGUUACUCAGCUAGGGGGUUGAGGUGAGGAAUAAGUUCUGCAGUGUGCAGAGAGGAAGAUGGUGGACUUGUGCCGUCCCUGGCCAGAGUCCCUGGACUCCUGGUGGUGGGAUAGAAGGGCGUGCACUUGAGUAGUGCAGACAGGUAACAGGAAGGUGCAGAAGGUCACCUUAAUUCGCCCCUCAGCAUACAUGUGUGUUCACUGGCAUACGGUAUCAUUCGCUCCAUGAUCUGAAGUUAUGCAGUAACCACCAAGACUCCCCAGCAGCAUGAUACAAAAGAUAGCCAAGUUUAAGCUAAGUUUAGUCAAUCUUAACAUACACAACUUUCUAGUGAACAAAGGCCAUCUUCUUUACGAGUAACACAUCAUGGUAAGUUCUGAUUGGGUUAUUGGAAGACUAGUCAUCAUUACUGGUAUUAGUUAGAACACAUA